UUCUGCAGGACCAGCAAGAUUUUUGCAAGGAGAUCAGUCAUGGGAUUGACAUGUCUGCUUCAGCUUUUGUGGAAAGGACAAAAGCACAAAAUAGCUUGGUGGUUCUGAGAGAGAAGGACAUGAAACACCAAAUCCAACACAGUGCUGACAUUGAAAAUUUGAAACGCACCAUCAAGCACGACCGUAGCCUGAAGGACUUCAUGCGUGUAAAGUUAGACAACCAGCGUGGGGAAGGCAUUGACUUGGCUGAUGGGAAGACACCUGAAUCCUGGGAGGACACUAUGGAGACAUAUGAGGAGGCUCUUCAGAAGAUUCAGGCAGUCACUGGAGAGAGGCGCACAGAAGACCUGGUCAGGAAAUUGAGAGAAGUGGAAGAAAGGAACUUUGCGCUCUUCAAUUACGUGAAUGAACAGAACAGUGAAAUUGAGAGGCUCCAGGAACAAACAGAGGAGAUCAAGAAGGAGAUGGCACUUUUCCGCAGUCAGGGCCUUGAUCAUGAGGAUGAUUACGAGCUUACAGUGAAAGACAUCAAGAUGAAGCUGGCCCGGGCUACUCAGCAAGCAGAGAAAUAUGGGCAGUGGGCACAAGAGAUGGAAAAGAUACAGGAUCAGCUGAAAAUAGGUUUGGGAUGCAAGGAUGGACUAAUGAAUUACAGAAAUGAGCUAUGAUAGAAUCUUGAAUCUUAAGAAAGAUAAAUGGUCCAGAGGAGUGUAGCAUUGACAUAGAUUGGUGAGAGGAGCUAAUUUGUGUUGAAUAAAUAAUAGGGUACAGACUGGAGAAAUGACUCACAUAAAGUAGACAGAGGAGUGCACAAGUGAUAGAAGUCUUGGGUGAAACAAAAAGGUGCAGGACUAGUAGUUUAUCAGGAAUAAAUGGAGGAGUUUAGCAGAGACAGAGACUUCAAUUAUACUGGAUGAGUGGAAUAUACUUUAACAGGUUAACCUGAAAUAUUGAUUAAAGGCAGUAACAUGAAUUGGCUAGACAUGGACAGGAGG